GCGCCAAAUAUCGCAAUUCAUACGUGAUACACAUCCCUGUUGGUCUAUCAUUACAGCUCAUUGAAUGCAGUGGGAUGAACAUGUUGUUUCUGCGAUACUUUUAUACGGGGAUUCUUCCUCCAGACUUGUUCCUUUCUCUCACCGAGAUGACGACCUCUGUGAGUGCUGCCCCAGAGGAGAAAAUCUUGACAACGGACGGCCUGAGUCGGCCCGUCUCUUCACUAUCUUCUAUUGGCAAAAGAAGUUCUUCUCUGCCCACUGACGACCUGGUGAAUGAGGCAGAGGAACAGUUCUCAUGGACAACGACCAUCUUUCGUCGAAGGCAGACGGUCCCCCGUGACCCUGAUGCAAUCGCGACCAGACGCUCUGUUUUUGAUGAUCCUGACCUUGCACCACACUAUUGGCCCAAGAAGGACUACGAGAAUCUUCACAGAUUCGAUCCAACCGCUCGUUGGACGCACAGAGAAGAAAGGGCCCUGGUUCGCAAGUUGGAUCGGAAGAUUAUGGUUAUGGCAGCUAUUGGAUUUUCCGCGUUGAACUUGGACAGGAGCAACAUCAACCAGGCAAACUCGGGCAGUUUUUUGCAGGAUCUUGGAUUGACUACAGACGACUUCAACCUCGGAAAUACCGUAUUCAAGUUGGCAUUCUUAUGCACAGAAUUACCGUCACAGCUUGUCUCGAAGCGAAUCGGCCCAGAUCGCUGGAUACCAACGCAAAUUUGCCUUUGGAGUUUCGUGUCUCUGUCGCAAUUCUGGCUGACCGGUAGGACCUCGUUCCUAGUCUGCCGAGCGCUUCUUGGCUUUAUCCCUGAUUUGAUAUUAUAUCUAUCUUAUUUUUAUACGAAGACGGAGCUGCCCGUCCGCCUCGCCCUGUUCUGGAUGUCUUUAAACUUCUGCGGUAUCGUUGCCAGUUUUCUAGCCUAUGGGACGCUUCACAUGGAUGGUGUGGCCGGCGCUGCUGGAUGGCGGUGGCUGUUCAUGCUUGAGGGAAUCCUCACUCUCCUUAUAGGUUUUUUCUCCUUUUUCCGCAUGCCUCCAUCGCCAACGCAGACCAAAACAUGGUUUCGGCCCAACGGUUGGUUCACGGAAAGAGAAGAAAUCAUUAUUGUCAAUCGAGUAAUUCGGGAUGAUCCCACUAAAGGUGACAUGCACAACCGCGAGGGCCUUACAUUGCGUCGUCUAUGGACAGCAGUGUGUGAUUAUGACCUUUGGCCAAUUUACAUCCUCGGCCUCAUGUUUGGCAUCCCGAGCGCUCCCCCCUCGACAUAUCUCACUUUACUACUUAGAGAUAUCGGAUUCAAUACAUUUGAUACCAACCUCCUUACGAUACCCUCUCAGGCUCUCGGAAUUGUCACAAUGUUUGUGAUCACGCUUGUCUCAGAGUCCGUCAACGAGCGUUCUAUUGUGUCGAUGAUGGAGGACCUUUGGACAUUGCCUUUCCUUGUUGCACUCUAUGCAUUGCCUAGCAACCCUAACCCUUGGAUAUUUUUUGCUGUGGUGACCGGUCUGUUGUCAUAUCCAACGACCCUCGAGCGAAAUACUCAUCUAUUGUUUCAGGUGGGGUGGUGUUCUCGUAACGCCGGGGCAGUGGCAAGUCGAACAGUCAACGCGUCCUUAUACAACAUGUUCGUGCAAGCCAGCGGAAUCAUAUCUGCGCAGGUCUACGUAACCAGCGAUGCUCCCAGAUAUCGACACGGUAACAAGAUCCUCAUCAUCAUCUGCUGCGUCAACAUUUGUAUUCUGUACCCAGGUACGAAGGCAUAUUAUAUCUGGCGCAACCGACAACGAGCUAAGAUUUGGGAUGCGAUGACGAUAGAG